AUGCCUACGACCGACGAGGAUGGCAGCGUUCAGGAGGCCGACCUGGAUGAUGAAGGAGCACUUCCAGCUGGUCCUGAGGAGAUGAGGCCGGGGACGCCGACGGAAAGGUCAUGGGGUGGUUGGAGUGAGCAGGAGUGGAAAAGGUGGAAUGCUUACUGCGCCUGGUCCGCGCCCUCGGGAGAUCCCGGGGUUGGGUCUGGAGAUGGUGCGAGGGCAGCAUCUUCGUUGGGACCUACAGCGUCGGCGGCGUCUACGGCAAGUCAGGAGAUUGGUCACGAUCCUUGGUGGGGAAACCAAGGAGAUCCAUGGCAAGGACGCGAAGACCGUCGAGGUGGAGCUGGAGGACAAGACAAGAUUCAGGUUCCCGAGUACAAUGGUGAAGAUGAUAGGGAUGGUUUGAACAUCCGAAAGAUCGAGGCCUGGAGGCGUGUGACCAGGUUGACGCGCCCCAAACAGGCCCUGAUGCUCUACAACAACCUCACAGGUCGGGCAUGGCGUGAUGCUGAAGAGCUCGAGCUUGGAUUGCUCGACUCCGAAGUCGAGGUGUUUGUGGGUUGGAUCAAGUCCAACUAUAUGGACCGCGAGGUGACAAAGAUCGGCCGCUACAUGUCCGACUUCUUCAAAGUCCUCAAGCGGAACACUCAGAGGACCGAUGACAAAAAGAAACACCAACCUCUCGUCGACGAGAACCACGAGGAGGACCACGACUCUGAGGACACCCUGACGGACGAUGAGGACAUGGACAUCUUCGAGGGGGAUGAGGCGACCCAGGAGGCCUAUGUGGCUUUCCAGAACGCCAAGAGCAAAUGGACCGAGGUUUCUCCCAGUCCAAAGAAGAUCGUCUCAAAUCAGCCAAGGACGUUGGGGGGCGCCUACAUCAUGGACUCCCACGAGGACAAGAUCGACUUCGGGAUCAUGGACAUUGGGGAACACUACGACGUGAACGACGAGGUGAACAAGUUCGUGGAGACGGGGGAACUUGGUCUUCGAGAUCUAUACAUGGUCUACUUCACGGACAAGAAGGGUGAAAAAGGGGGGCAAAGCUUCUUGGCCAUCACCGACUGUGCGUGCAGCAGGACGUUGGCUGGCAAAACAUGGAUGACCUCCUUCCUACGUUACCUGAAGGCCGAGCACAUUCCCUUCUUUGCGCUUCCACAAGAGGAGAUCUUCAAGUUUGGGGGGAGAGACUCUAUCCCUCCAAGAUGGCGGUGGUGA